AUAUAUGCCUUCCAUAAAAUUAAUCUGAAAGUUAUAAGCUUUCCCUCUUCUGAAUUGCUGUCUUAAUUACCUUGCCAGAUAUAGCAACACUGCAACCUAUUAAGGCCGCCAUUCUGUAUUUUCCGAAGGCAGAAUGAGCUUUUCUCGGCCAUUUGAGUCCCUUUUUCUAGCACUCCUCUUGGGUGGAGUUCUUACUCAAGUAGGGUGCUUUACUAGUUUCAAUUUUCCAAACUUCACUGAUCAAGCCAAGUCUGAAGUAAUUACCAAACAAAUUUUAAAUUCAGAUAUUUACUCGAAUGCUAUCCAAGUUACACCCGAUAGUCGUAAUGCCAUCGACUAUAUGAAAAAUAAAUCCGGACGCGCCUUUUACAAGAAGCCAUUCAGAUUGUGGAGUAAGAGGAAAGGCGUCUCAGCAUCUUUCAAUACCACCUUUUUACUUAAUAUCAAAAACGAGACAGAUCCGGGCGGCGAAGGCUUGGCCUUCAUAUUAGCCGCAGAUACCACUCUUCCAGGGGGCAGCGAUGGGCAAUGGCUUGGGAUUGUAAACGCGACUACAAAUGGAUCCCGUCAAGCUAAUGUGGUGGCCGUAGAAUUUGACACGAGAAAGAGCUAUCCAGAAGAUCUCGAAGAUUACCAUGUUGGCUUGGAUGUAAAUAGCAUCUACUCUAUCGAACAGGUAUCUUUACGUUACUAUGGGAUCAAUCUUUCUAAUAUUUCUGCAGGCAAUGAUACAUCGGUAAGGGUUCAGUAUGAUGGCAAAAAUCUCACUGUCUCUGUUGACAUGGCUAAUGGAACGGGAGAGUACACGCCGGUAAUGUCUCGGCGUCUUAAUCUCUCUGACUAUCUUCCAGAGAAGGUUUUCUUGGGGUUCUCUGCCUCAACAAGUAAUUACGUGGAACUAAACUGCGUAAGAUCAUGGACAUUCGAGGGUUCAGAUAUUGGUGAAGAUCUAGAGCUGUUAUGGGUAUGGAUCACAGUUCCAGCGGUGCUUGUGUUGAUUAUUAGUGGGAUUGCGUUUUACUUGUAUUGGGUAAUAAAACACAGAGAGCAGCCAGAAGAUGCAUAUCCGAGGAUAGAAGACCAGAUUCGAGGGUCUUCUAUGGCUCCCCGAAAGUUCAACCUGAGAGAGCUCAGAAAAGCAACAGGCAACUUCAACCCCAAGAGCAAGCUCGGAAAAGGUGGCUUUGGAACGGUCUAUAAGGGAUUGUUGGCGAAUAAGGAGGUAGCUGUCAAGAGAGUCUCAAAGGAUUCGCGUCAAGGCAAGCAAGAAUUUAUAGCAGAAGUCACAACAAUCGGCAGCCUUCGCCACAAAAAUCUUGUGAAAUUGAUUGGAUGGUGCUAUGAAAAGCGCGAGCUCCUUAUUGUGUACGAGUACAUGCCGAAUAGUAGCCUAGACAAGUUCAUAUUUGGCUCGGAGGAAGCAACGCUCAGCUGGGAAAGAAGGUGCACCAUAAUUCAUGGGGUGGCUCAGGCACUGAAUUAUCUCCAUAAUGGGUGUGAAAAGAGGGUGCUUCAUCGCGACAUAAAAUCCAGCAACAUAAUGUUGGACUCAGACUUCAACGCAAGGCUGGGAGAUUUUGGACUGGCUCGUACCAUUCAACAAAGCGACGUAACUCACCACUCAACAAAAGAGAUUGCAGGAACACCCGGUUACAUGGCGCCAGAAACUUUUCUUGUUGGUCGGGCAACUGUUGAAACAGAUGUUUAUGCGUUUGGUGUUCUUGUCUUGGAAGUUAUCUGCGGAAGGAAGCCCGGAAAUCAGGGUGAGCAUAACGACUACAACAACGGCAUUGUGUAUUGGCUAUGGGAGCUUCGUAGGAAGGAAAGGAUCCUUGAUGCAGUUGACUCCAAAUUGAACGGACAAUUCGAUGAGGAGGAAAUGGUGAGCAUGCUUGUUUUGGGGUUGGCAUGUUGCCACCCAAACCCACACCAAAGACCCUCCAUGAAUACAGUUUUGCAAGUACUUACUGGGGAGGCGCCUCCGCUGCAGUUGCCCACAGAGAGACCUUCUUUUAUAUGGCCGGCCAUGCCUCCAUCAUUCAAAGAAGACACAGACAACGCUUUUAUCAAAAGCCAACUUACUCCGUUCACAGAACUCAGCGGGAGAUGAGUCAUGCAUGCCGAAGUACUCCAGAAUCUCAGUAUGAUCAAUAUUGUUUAAUUUUAUUAAUUUGUAGAUGGUGAACUUGUUAAUUUAUACACCGUUUGUUUCAGUACUAGCUAGUUUGAACAUUGUAAUCGCACUAAAUAGUAAAACUACUGUAGGUGCAGUAUACGUAAAUUAUAGCAAGUUGUUAUCGCUUAAUGCAAAUUAUUCUGAUGUUUUCCUCCGGUAAUAAACGAUUGUUUAUGCCUUGUACGUA